AUGCAACGGAAUAAACCACUGGCUGAUGCAUCAGAAGAUGCAAAUGGACUCAGGUGGUUAAGGCGUGAUCUAGAUGAUCUAGCUGGGUCAAGGAGCACUAGGCUAUCUAUGCAAGCAUCACAAGAUGGUACCAGCACGUCAACUAUACGAUACAGUACACAGUGUGUACAUAGAAGUGUACAGAAACCAGUUGAUGAAACCAAUGUUAGGUUACACGGUACUAAUCUCAAUGGCAACCCAGGAUACUCACCAGGAAUCAGACAACGCACGUCAUCAGACAAGUUCCCAAGAAUACCCACACUUAAUCUAGCCUUACUAGAUAACAGAGAUAGCCUACCGCUAUCAAGCCUAGGUGAAGAUGACCAGGAUCCACCACCGCAACUGCAGCAAGUACCAAGAAAUAAUGAGGAUAUAGUUGCACAACUCAAUAGGAUACAGACGCAACUUGAACGGAAACUUAGCACUGUAAGGUUGCAGUAUCAAGCAGGACUUAGCAAUACCGUCAUCAAAGGAUCCGAUAGAAAACGCACUGCAAGGAUGAUAAGUAUGAGAACAGGUGACAGCUUCUCUAUUGAUAGCGCUUCGUCCAUAAAUAUGCCGGAUGGACUAUCAUCAGCACUUUUAAGAGCCCAUACGGACCUUGUACGUGCAGCUGGAGCACAACAGUACAAAAAAAAUGGCAUUGAUGCAGGAAUACGCACACCCAGCGCACAUCGAAAUGUACAAAUAAGAGGUAAUCUUAUACCAAGUCAUUUUGUAGCGCCAAUGUGGGAUAAUUUGGUGGAGACAUCGAGUAUGGGAGAAAAAACUACAGAUUCGAACUACACUCAUGAACAUGUUGGUAACAGAGGCCUAACGAUACAAUCGAGGCCAGAAAUAUCAAUUGCAGGGUUAACAAGGGUACCGAAGUUGAGUAGUAACUCAGUGGACACUGCUAUAACGGCUAUGACGCCAAAAAAUCGCUAUUAUGGACACAAGUAUGACGAGCAUCGGGUUGCUGGAGUAUUAAAACAUGAACUUGUGAAACCAAAUCCCACAGAUGGUGCUGUAACCAUCGAUGUGUCCCCCAAAUCAGUGAAAUCGGCAGAUGGUAAUGGGUUUAUUGACAGACAUGUAGCUAAUGCGUACCAGUUCGUCGAGGGUCUUGUAAAUGGUAACGUCAAGGUAGACACUUCAGCAUCUGGUGUUGUGCAUUGUGAAACUAAGGAUGUAGAUGCCAAUGCUGGGGACCACAAUAUUGGAGAAAAUAAGAGAUUGGGACUUCAGAGGCAUGCUUUCAACCCUCUAGGGGAAAUUGAAGCAAAAAACAAACUCCAGAACGCUAUGCAGCGAACAACAGAUAAAUAUGUGAAGGAUGACGAAUCGGAAUGUUAUAAAGUGGUAUCCGUUAGUGCAUCUGAUGUGGAAGAGGUUAGUAAGUUAUAUGGAUCAACACACGGUGAUGCCGCGGCUGAUGGUCGGUUUACCAUCGAAUCAAAUAUAGUCGAGCGGAACAUCGACGGGACGGCCCUUACCCACCUGCCAACAAUUAGUGGAAACCAAGUAAAAGCUGUGGCCGAAUACUCACUGGAAUAUCUUAAUGAGCUAUCCAAGGUUAAUUCGAAAUGCGCACUUUUGCGCCAUAGAGAGGUUGACCCUAUCACUGAUAGUGGUUCUAAUCUGCGAAAAUCCAGCGUUAAGCCGUGGUUCCGUAACCCGUUGGUUGAAAAAACUUGGAGAGAACGAGCAACGACCUCGAAAUAUGAUUCGUUCAUAUCUAACAGUGAUAAUGCAAAAUUGAAGGUAGAUAAUGUGCCAGACACAGAUCUCCGGCACCAUAUGGAACAUAUUGCGACCUAUCGUUUGGACCUGGAGGAGCAGGAAAGGCAUAAUGUGCUGGAUCCAUUUUAUGAAUAUGAACGAGCCAAACAAAAUAAGGUACUGAACAAUACAGAUUGGGCCAAGUAUGGGCGACCAAAAGGGCGUAAUUAA